AUGGAAGACGAUCAAGAAAUCCCGCAGAUCAAUGUGUUGGGUGUGGAUGCUCCCACACUAGCGCAGCUGGACGAGGAUGCCAAGGCCAAACUUGCCGAAUUCCGGCAGAUUGAAGCGGGUGAAUGGACAAAGAAGGAGCGAGAGUUUCUUGACGAUUACACGCUUUAUCGGUACCUGAAGGCGCGCGACUGGAAGUUCGACUCAGCCAGGGACAUGAUCGUGGAGACCAUGAAGUGGCGCGCGGACUUCAAGCCGGACGAGAUCACCACCGACAUGAUCGCUUCCUCGAUCCGCAUUGGCGGCAUGUACCACCACGGCUACGACAAGUUCCGACGGCCCAUGGUCUACCUCAAGGUCGCCGACAAGCCCGACCCGCACACCCGCCUCGAAAAGCUGCAGUUCAUGAUCUUCACGCUCGAACAGACCAUCAAGCGUAUGGAGAAGGAGCGAGGAGUGGAGAAGAUGGUGUGGUGCGUGAACUGCAAGAACUACAACUUCAAGUACAACGGCGAGGCCGGAUUCGCGCGCGAGCUGCUCAGCACACUGCAGAACCACUACCCCGAGCGGCUGGGCGUGCUCAUCCUGGUGGACGCGCCGUUCCUCUUCCGGGCCUUCUGGAAGGUCAUCUCGCCGUUCGUCGACGCCAAGACGCUCAAGAAGGUCGUCUUUGUGAGCGGCAGCGACAAGGACAAGCGAAAGGUUUUGGAGGAGUACAUCGACCUGAAAGAUCUGCCGGCCGUGUACGCGGGCGACAGCGAUUUUGUGUUUGACGCGGACGAGUACAUCGCGUGGCUGAAGAAAGGCGAAGAGGAAGAGCGGGAGAAGCAGGCCAAGGAGGGAGAGGAGCAGCAGGAGGAGAGCGACCCCGACCGCAAGGCCAAGGAGAAGGAGGCCGCCAAACCCGCGUCUGACGAGUAG